ACGGAGUGUGUUAAUUGUUCACUCGCACUUGGUUUGAAUUCCACUAAAUAAUUUCAGACUUAUUUUCGCGAUGCUGGAAAAAGUAAAACACAUAAUUUUAGUUCUCUCUGGAAAAGGGGGCGUCGGAAAAUCAACCGUCAGCAGUCAAUUAGCCCUGACGUUAUCUGAAUCGGAUUACAAGGUUGGUUUGCUCGAUAUCGACCUCUGCGGUCCCAGUGUCCCAUAUCUACUCGGUCUGGAGGAUCAUGACGUGCACCAAUGCGAAGAAGGAUGGGUUCCAGUUUAUACAAGUGCCGAGAAAAAGCUUGCAGUCAUGUCCAUUGGUUUUCUGUUGAAGAACCGUAAUGAUGCGGUCAUCUGGCGUGGUCCCAAGAAAACGGCCAUGAUCAAACAGUUUCUGGAAGACGUCGCAUGGGAUGAGCUAGAUUAUUUGAUUAUUGAUACGCCUCCGGGUACGUCUGACGAGCAUAUCACUGUGAUGGAGUGUCUAAAAGGGGUGAAUGCUGAUGGGGCGAUUAUUGUAACCACACCUCAAGAAAUGGCUUUAGAAGAUGUACGAAAAGAGGUCACAUUUUGCAAGAAAACUGGAAUCAAUAUAAUCGGAAUCGUCGAGAACAUGAGCGGUUUUGUGUGUCCCAAUUGUUCCGAGUGUACCAACAUUUUCUCCUCCGGUGGAGGAAUUGCACUCGCCGAGCUAGCACAGGUGCCACAUUUGGGAACGCUUCCGAUCGAUCCUCGGGUAGGAGCGUUGGCAGGAACGGGGAAGGCAUGCGUCAAGGAGCUACCUGACUGUACUACCUCAACAGUGUUGCAACAAAUUGUUAAAACCAUAUCGAAGUGAUAAAUGUGUGUUUCUUGUUGAAAA